AUGCAGCAAACGCCAGAACACAGACGGAUAAGAACCAGGGCUAUUCGGCCACGACCAGCUCAACGGACACUAGCUUGGCGCUUUCCGUUACACCAAAAUGUCAGAAACACUUAUUCCACAUACAUCGCACAACUCAUCUUCCAACAAAUCAACGAUUCUCCUAUUCAUGGCGGAUUCUCCGAUGGCCAGGAGUGGGACGCUGUAUGGCCGCUUCUCGUCGCCCACCACGUGCUAAUUCCCGACCACCCUGCCCACGGGCGAUCGCUUGAGAUUAAACCUCUGGAAAUCAACGACGCCACUCGCCGUCUUGCAAGUCUGAUCGAAGCUAAAGCGCAGAAGCUAAUAGCUCAUGUAGUCGCCAUCAGCAUUGGCGCACAUGUCGCCGCUGCUAUGGCCGCGCAGUAUCCUGAGCGUGUCCAAACCUUGAUCGUUUCCGGCUUCAACCUCUUUGCGUCAAACCUUGUCUCGCCUAUAUUGCCAUACCUAGUCUACGCUGCGCAAAGGGGGCGAGGGUACUUAUCUACAACGUGCGAUAUAUUUAAUAUACUGUUUUCGUCACGAGAUUUAGAGCCCAUCACAGCCCGGUCAUUAGUGGUGGCCGCAACGAGAGGAAUUAGCGCCGACAAUGUUAGCCAUUCUCGCCGGCUGUUCGAGACGGUGAUGGAUAACGGGAGUAGGCUGGUGCAGCACCGGGGCAUGCGUCAUCCGUGGAACGCGGAUGAACCACAGCUCUUUGCGAAUAUGGUGAUGAGCUGGAUUAUGGGCGAGGAUUUACCAGAUGGUUUCGAGUCGAUUCCUUGA